AAGGUGUCUGCAAAACAUUUAUUUGUGUGUAAUUACAACCCCCCAAACGUUUUGGGUGUUUAAAACAUCAGUGUUUUCAAAAACCAACCUGCAUUUCAGUGACAUGGAUACUUAAGAGCAUAUUCCACACAGCACAAUAUGUGUAUGCAUAUGCGCACACACACACACACACACACACGUACACACAAAUGCUUGUCGCAAUGUAACUUGACCAGGAGCAGCACUUGGGAGAUUGCAUCACGAGUUACACAGAAAUUUCACCCUAUAUAACAAUUAUGAAAAAAACGAUGCUCUUUGGGGGAGGGAGCAAAAAAAGAACCUACCUAAGGCCAGUGCUUUUUUUAUGGGGGUACGCAUACCCCUAAGCAUUUUGUAAAUCUUUGUACUUUUGUCCAUUUACUGUAUUUAUUUUGAACUAUAAAAUGGUGAUUUUCUUGAGUCAAAAUGAGAGUACCCCUAAACAUUUAUUAAGAAAAAUGUACUGCCUAAGGCCAAAAAAAAAGUUGGCAAGCUCUGGGGGAAACAUUUUUAUAAAAAAAUGUUUGAUUUGGAAAGAAUGGUGGUUUUCUUUUAUUUCUGGAUGGGGUGUCUGUAUUCUUCAGUUCCUGUAUUGAGGAUACUCGCAAGGAAAGUGGGGGCAGGUAGUGUAGCUUCUAAAUAGGAAAGUACAGUGACUCCAGCCUGGGAGGAAGCCUUCUGUCUGAUGAAAGCCCUUCUCCUUCUUUGAGGCAGGAGAGGUUUGGUGGAAAGAUAAAAGCAUUCUUGCCUGUGCUCAGAGUCACUUUUUGCACAUUUCAGCUGACUAGUAAAAAAUAUUGUCAGGUAUAUUCCAGCUACAAUUCUCAUGUCUACUUCACAAUGUGGUUCACUGCAGAUGUUUAAAAAAGGAAUGGUUUAGACCAGGGGCCAGUAAGGUUUAUGUUGCCUGGCCUGUUCGGUCGCACGGUGAUCCCUCCAUGAGCCGGAUCGCGUGCGUGCGAUUUUUGGCCUCUGCGUCUGCACAGACACGAUUUUCGGCGCUGCAGAAGCAAGUCCCCGUGCCAUGCUGCACCAGUUUAGCGCAGUGCGCGAGCAGGUAGCUCGGUUUGGGGGCGGCUCGUGGGCCAGUCAAAUGACCUCUGCGGGCUGCUUCCGGCCUAUGGGCCUUAGGUUGCUGACCCCUGGUUUAGACUGAGACUAGAAAAGUAACCAUAGUUUAUCGUUAGUCUAUAUUGAUACCAUCUGCGAGCCAGCUAGGGUUUUCAGAGCUGUGCUCUACAGUGCAGCAGUGGCUAAACUGCUUUGGCCCAAGAGCUGCAUUGAUAGUCAACCACCCCUCUAAGGGUUAUAUGCCAGUGGCAUGCAUAGCUAACAUAUUCACAUUUGUAUACAUACACUCUAUACACACCCCUCACCACAGACACACAUACACAACGCACAUAUAUACUCUCACUAGACAUGAUGGUCUCUUGUCUCUCUCUCUGAAAUAUAUGCAUUCAUACACUCUCACAUAUAAACACAUGCACACACAGGUGCAGCCACAUAACCAACAUUUCCAUGUCUGUCCACUCCAGGUGGCUGAAAACACUGCCUUUUACUUUGCAGAGUAAGCAGCUGUAUUUCUCUCCAUCCCACUUCAGCGCUGGAAUGAAGGUAGGUAGAAAUGCUGCCUUCUACUCUUAAAGAGCAGGCAGGGGGUAUUUCUGAUGUUAGAAGAGCCUUCUUCCUGCUCUUUAUUUCUAGAGAGCAGCAAGCCCACUUUACCCAUAGAUUUCAGAGGGGCUCUCUGUAGCUGCCAGUCAGCCAAUCAGUAUUUACAGCAAGCCUCUUUGAAGACACGCUCCAAGGAGCAAUCAGCUGCUUGGUGCUGAAAGUACAUCUUCAAAGGAGGUUGCCAAAUCCACCAAUCAGUUGAUUGGCAGAUACAGCUACCUCCUUUCAGAUUUAACAGGUACCAAUCACCUGAUGUCAUUAUGAGUGGGUGCUCCUUCCCACCUGUCCAAGAUGGCCUGCAGGGAUUGAGGGAAUUAGGAAUCCAAAUCACCAUCCAGAUUCAGCUCCCUAUCCCUGAAGCAGUUGCUUGCUGAGUAUAUUUACCGUAUUUUUUGCUUUAUAAGACUCACUUUUUCCCUCCUAAAAAGUAAGGGGAAAUGUGUGCGCGUCUUAUGGAGCAAAUGGAGGCUGUGCAGCUAUCCCAGAAGCCAGAACAGCAGGAGGGAUUGCUGCUUUCACUGCGCAGUGAUCCCUCUUGCUGUUCUGGCUUCUGAGAUUCAGAAUAUUUUUUUUCUUGUUUUCUUCCUCCAAAAACUAGGUGCGUCUUGUGGUCUGGUGCGUCUUAUAGAGCGAAAAAUACGGUAAAUGCCACAUCUAUUCAAAUACUGGUUUUCUUUUCACAAUUUAAGCAGGUUCAUUUUUGUUCUAUCUAGGGUUUUUAUCAUGCAUUUUAAGUGAAUAUUAUUUUUAAUUCACAGAGGGUCUUAAACUGUGCCUAGCAAGCCCCCUCACACCAAAACGGAUGCAACAUAUCUUCAACAGCACUCAAAUGCCACCACUAAGGCAGGAAUGAAAAUAGAAGUAACAUGACAAGAGCCAUAGGGACUUCAGUAAAGAGAAAAGAAAAACUCAUCUUUGUGCAUGAAUGCUCUUCCUUAGACUGCAGUCAUCGACACAGCCAAAGUUGAGGAACUCGGUCAAGAAAGAGUUCAUGCUUUCAUGUGCUGGCCUACCCUGUACUGUUAGGAAGACAGGAGUUUUCUCAUUCCUGCAUAAUACUUGUUAUGAAACAUUAUUCUGGUCUUCAUAACCCUUCAGUGUUAUAAGUACUACACUUCAAAGUUUUAAUACUUUACCUCAGUUUCAGACGGUAGUGGCAGAUUAGCUCUAGAUGGCUGCUUGGUCCUCGAUGCUUUUGGUAGCCUUUUAGCUGGCAAAAUAUGUUGAUUUGGCAUAAUUUUACUACUUGAUAAAACUGAAUAAUGUCUAUUUGGUAUAUCUGUAAAUUUUCUCAAACACUUUGCAUUGUGCUUGAAACUUGUGUUUUUAAGAGCACAAAAUUGUUCCCUGUGUGGAGGACAAACAUGCAUACUCAAAUAAUUCACAGUCUUUGCUGCAGUAGGAACGUUAGCUUGUGGUCUCUGCCAUUUCUUGGCUUGCACACAAAGCCUGCUUAAGCAAGAUGUUGUUGCCUCUGGAAUGCACAUACUGAUGGAUCUACAUGCUAAUAAAGAAUUGCUUGACACCCCUUGAAGAUUGUUGCUUGAUGCUGAAAGCCCAUAUUUAUGCAAGUGUUGGCAGUUGCUUGUUUUGUGUGAAGAUCUAGCCAGGAAUCUCAGUAGUUUACUUGCCAUCUUUUCACUGUGUCCUGAAUGAGAGAGUUAUAGUACAUCAACUUUCUGACGAGCAAUUUAUCAUUUUAUAAAAACAGUUCUGCACUACAGCAAGUCAAUCACAUCAAUAAUAGGGCUCGUUCUGCAUUCAUAGGCUCAGGUUCAAGUGAAGCAAGCAAGGAAGACUGCAGCAGUACAUUUACUUUACCCGCCACAGCAACAUAAUGGCCAAACACGGGGUCAGAUCAGAAUAUUCUUAUCAAAAUAUCUGUUCUCAAACAUAUUAAAAUUUGGUUAACGGCAAACAGGGAGAUGCAUCUUUCUUCCUUGUAGCAUAACUUUAACCAGCCAAAGGUAAAUAGUGCAGUCUAUACUCAACAGAAUCUGUGAGUCAGCCAAUGACUAAGACAGUGAUAGUUCAGUUUCACCAACUGAGGAGCAGGAUAGGCUAAUAAAUUAGACACAUCAUACACUGAAACACAUUGAAUAGCAUGGUACUCUGACUGAAUAAGGUCACAAUGUAUUCCUUAGACCCUAGGUUCUUAGAUUGUGGUGUGGCAAAGGGCACCUAAAGGAAAAUUAUUUGGGGAUGGCCCUACAGUAGCUGGGGUCCACUAGUGAAGGUUUGGCAUUUCAGUCACCUCUGCCUUCAAGUAGAUGGCACAACUUUGCUGUGAGGUGUGAGGAGAUGAAAUUAUAGUGACAGAAGCUCAUAUGACACUUUCCACUUCUUCUCAUCCCUGCAGGUGAGACUUGGCACUGCUCAAUGUACUUGGCUCUGCUCAAUGUACAGAUGGAGGAGCUACUGCCAUAUUACCUAGCUUCAGGCCACAUAAACACAGCUUUGUGAAAGAACUAGGCACUUGCCUGCAUAAAGAUUGUCAGCGCUGAGCUGGGUGGAAUGGAAUUACGGUAACUGAGAAGCAGAACCCCAGUUCCAAGAGCUUGAGAAGUGCUGCCUUAAUGGUCUCUCUUGCAUUUGACUGUCACUCACAUGAUCGUUCCCCCUACAACUGCCGGAUAUCUCAACACAGGUCCAAUCGUUCCUUCACUGCAGAAUUUUUUCCCUCAGGCCAGGCCAUUCCUGCACCAAUCAUAUUAGUAUUAUUUGGAUGAGAAAAAGCUGGACUCCGGGACCCCCAGGAACUACAGGAAACAUGGCAAACGACCAGGAUCAUGGGAGCCGUAGGGCCUCAGUAUCUUCCUAGCACUGCGCUGAAACCCUCCCUUACAGCGCCCAGGUGACAGGUGAAAUUAAAGGUGAAACCCACACCGCUUUCCGCAUUCAUGCUAUACGAGCGCUGCCUCUAUCCCUCCCACUAACAAGACCGGAAGGUUGCGGGGAAGGACUCCGCUGGGAACCAUAUUGCGAGCGCCAGAGGAGACCCGCCGCAGGUGACCAUCACAGUAUUAGGGCGUUUUAAGCGGGUGCGGGAGGAAUGACCCACCCUCCGCUCGCACUCUGCCCCAUGCGCGCGCCCCAAACACCAUCCAAUCAGAGGGAGACCCAGUUCCACGCGCAGGAGCCUUUUACCAACCUGGCGCCGAAGCACGAGGUGGGAGGAGGACCCGCUCUCUCCACGGAGGGCCGGCGGAGCCACAGAGUCAGCCCCGCCCCCUCCGUCUGUGCGGUUGACGCGUGACGUCAUAUUCCCCGCCCCAGAGCGCCGAUGAAGGUCGCCACCUCCUCCUGAGGAGGCGAUUACCCCCAAGGCCUCGCGUUUCGUUUGGCGCCCGCCCUCCUUUACCGAAGGGGCUGGUUUGCUUCAGCGCCCCUCCUCCCUAAGCCCGUUGAGCGAGGGAGCCCAGCCGCCAACCAAUGGGAACAGGCGUUGCUUGGGAAAGCUCGCAGCUGCGCCGGGCGGCGCUACGAUGAGCAAAAUGGCGGCGCCGACGGCAACGCUGCCGCCUCAGCUCGCGGGCAAGUUCAAGGGGUGCGUCCCGUCUCCGCCGCUUCGUCGGGGGCUCUGAGAAAUGGGUGGGCGAGGGGUGAACCGUCGGCCAUUGGCGGGGAGGCUGGAGCUGUAGAGUACCAGGGGACAAGGGUAGGGAGCUAUGUCCGGGACUCUUCCCCUCCUCGCUCGGAGAGCCGGGGCGGCUGAAAACGCGGCACUCUAGUGAGCCGCUGUUUUCCAUUUCUGCUCUUCUUCCUCCGAGCUCCAGUUCGCUUUGCACGGAAAGCCGGCUUCCAGGUUGGGAAAGGGAGGUUUCGCAACAGAAGCCAGGAACACAGUGGCCUUUUUCGGCUGUCAGUGGGUGGUUGGGUUCCGCUCCACCCCUCGUGCUUCGAGUAUUCAAGUCUUCCCUGCUCCUGCAAAUCACUCGGUGGUUUGCAAAACCAAGUUUUCUAUUACGUCGCAACAAAGCAUAAGCCAUACGUGUCUCUGAGCCAGAAUUAGAAGUGAGUUUCCAAUUCAGGCUUGAGGCAAAACCAGGAAGUUAAGUCAGAGGAACAGAGCGUAUGUGAAGCUAAGUUUGAGAUGUCCAAAUCAUGAUUUGAGCAAUGUCUUUGACAGAGGACUAUUUAAUCAAUAUGUUUGUAUUCUCGCGUAUAACAUUUUAUUUUAACCAUGCAGUUUUAUUUGACACAGAACCUGUGGGCUGCAUGCUGCUUGUCAUGGGAGGUGGGGCGCUGGGGGGGGGGGUAGUGAGGCCAAAAUUUGACACACACCAUAACCUUCUGGCAGGGUCCUAGAGCCCUGCUGCCUCCUCAAAGCUGGGAAGUGCUAACUAGGCUUUGGGAAAGAGGCGUGAGAGCUCUAGGACCCUGUCAGAGCCCUCAUGCCUCCUUCCCAAAGCCAAGCGCCUCCUUACUUGGCUUUGGGAAGGCAGUGCAAGGGCUUGGGGAGGGGGUGUCACGAUGAUCCUUGUGGUCCCUUCCAACUGUACAGUUCUAUGAAAACCAGUUUUGAAAAUAUGUUUAUCUACUGUGAAACCCAGCAAUAAUACUUGAAUUGCUACAGUAUUAACAAAUCAUACAUUUUCUUACUAUUCUAGACAAUAAUUCAGAUGUACUGACAUCAGAAACAAAGCAUUGUCUCCCCCUCUCCUCUUUUUUGAAGAGAACUAAGUUGUUUAUUUGUUAAUAGUAAAUAAAUGAUAAUAAUAAUAUGGUGCCCAUCUGACUGGGUAACCCCAGCUACUCUAGGCGGCUUCCAACAAAUUAAAUGAAUAUUUGAAGACUGACAUUUUGGUUUUAAGAUAAAGAUUAUUAAAAGUGUUACCCAGAGUCAUAAAUACCAUCCUUUAGAUAUGAAUUAGAAUAUUUAGCUUAUUUGACCAAGUUCUUAUUGGUCUGGGACAUGGUUUAAGGAAGUUGCUGUGUACAUAUGAAGAUGAAGUGUAACUGCAAUAAUCCAUCCUUUAUUUUCCAUGGUAAACUGUGUGAGAUUAAGACCACAAAACUUUUCCCCUGCAAGUCUGGACACUUGGAAGUAAUAUUUCUGCUUAAUUUUCAUAUAUGGAAUCAGUGUAUUGCUUAGGACUGCAUAUCAGUUGGGCAAAAUCUUAAUGGCUUCAAUGUUUCAGUGUGAUAAAUACUGUGUUUGCAUUGAGAUGUGGUGUGGAGGGGUAUGAGAGGUUUAGAAAAAGUCUGUGUUUAGACAUCAUGAUAAACCAUAAUUUAUUGUGUAUAAGAAUAAUAGACCUGGGCUCCUUCCCUCUGCUCUUUCUCCUCCAGAGCCACAAGGCGGUGAUGGGAAGCUUUCGCUUCUAAUUUCAAUUUUUUACAACCAUAAAUGGUGGUUAAUCUUAAAUAUGGCAUGUUUCAAACAAAGUUCAACCAGUUCGUCAAGUUCAAGCAAGAAGAUGAGCAUUGGUUUAUUGAAAAUGGAAGUAAAACUUUCCAAGCUUGUCUUAUCUACAACAGGGAGGGAAGGAGUAUGCAAGCUUGGGAGGAGGCGAGGCUCACUUUGUGAGCCAACAUAAUUAUGGGUUACCAUGAUAUCUGAACACAGCAGUUUACUCCUUCUGUGUAGAAAUUACCGUAUUUUUCGGCCCAUAGGGCGCACCUAGUUUUUUGGGGGGGAAAUAAAGAAAAAAAAAUUAUUUCCCCCUAGGCGCGGAGCUGGGGCGGGAGAAGUCCGAGCUUCCCCCCACCCCAGCCCCCAGAACAGGCAGCUCUCCACAAGCCGUGGGAGAGCUGUGUGAAGCCCGAAGCCUGGGGGGCGUUGAGUUCAGCACGCCCCCAGGCUUCGGGGUGCAGGCAGCUCUCCGCAAGCCGUGGGAGAGCUGCGCGACUUCGCGCAGCCCUCCCACGGCUUGCAGAGAGCUGUGCGAAGCCCGAAGCCUGGGUGGCGCUGAGCUCAGCGCGCCCCCAGGCUUCAGGGUGCAGGCAGCUCUCCACAAGCCGUGGGAGAGCUGCGCGAAGUUGCGCAGCUCUUCCAUGGCUUGCGGAUAGCUUCCUGAAGCCUGGAGAGCGAGAGGGGUCGGUGCGCACUGACCCCUCCCGCUCUCCAAGCUUCAGCGAAAGCCUGCAUUCGCCCCAUAGGACGCACACACAUUUCCCCUUCAUUUUUGGAGGGGGGAAAGUGCGUCCUAUAGGGCGAAAAAUACGGUAACUUUAAUAAAGUUGCCUGAUGGUGAUUCUGAUGGUGAUGGAAGUGGCUAUUUACAAGCCUAAAACAAUAUUGUUUUUUUCUUCAUAGAUCCUUCGCAUACAAUACAAUUAAAGAUAGGCUGCCUCUAAUCCUGACUAAAGUUAUUGAUACUCUGCAUCGACACAGAAAUGAGUUCUUUGAAGAACAUGGAGAAGUAAGAAAUUGCUGCCUUUUAUUCUUUCUCUUUCAAUGCUGUUCUCUUAAAAACCUUAAGCAAAUCAAACUUUGUGUAAUUAUUUCUGCAUGCUUAAGUAAAUAUUUUUCUGCUUCCAUAAGAACAUACAAAGAGCCUUGCUAGCACAAACUAAAGAGCCAGUAUCCUUAGUGGCCCAUGUAUUUGUCUCAAUUUUCCAUUCAAGCCUUUUCAGCUAGUGGCCCUCAUUACAACUUUUGGCAGUGAAUUACAUAAAUUAUUCCUUGUGUGACCAAGUACUUUUCUGUCCUGAAUCUGCUGCCCUCUGUUUAACCGGAUGACCCCAAGUUCUAGAAUUCUCUGUCCACUUUUCCCAUGCCAUGCAUAAUUUUAUAAACCUGUAACGUCUCAGUCACCCUAGGCCCUGAGGCCACAAGUUGCCUACCUAUGGACUAAAGCAUUUGGUUGUCAUGUUUGAUACUUGGGUUCUGGACUUGCACUUUUGAUUGGAAUUCAGUCAAGUUAUUGCAACCCUAUAAUUUAUUGAAAAACAUAACUUUAUGAACAAAACACAUUCAGAUUGAAAACAUUUGUUUAUCUCUUCAUUUUCUCUUAAUUUUAGAAAGGUAUUGAAUCUGAGAAGAAAGCUAUAGCCUAUCUCUCCAGGUUACGGAAUGAGCUGCAGACAGACAAACCACUGAUUGCCUUGACUGAUAACCUCCCUGAUAGCACUCUCUGGAACCACUGCUUAGAAUAUCAUCAAAGUUUAUCAGAUGAACCACCAAGCUGGUUUCAGUCUCCUUGGCUAUAUACAGAGUGUUAUAUGUAUCGUAGAAUUCAUGAGGCACUCGCUCAAAAGUAAGCAUGUGUGUUGUUUGCUGUUGUAUCGUUUCCGUCUGUGGGAUGGGGAAUUGGGGAAUAAAGUUCAAGCUUAAGGUAAAACAGAGAAAAUAACUCAAUCUUAAGUGCCAGCUGUUUUCCUGUUUUUAUUCCUUCUCCUGACUUCUAGUCAGCAACAGAGUGAUAGUUGCCUCUUGCAUCUGGCACCAAGAGCCAGAGCAACAUAGCAGCAGUUUGGGUAAAUAGACACCAUCCUGUGAAGGACUCCAACAGCCAUUUCUGGGCUUCGGUUAUUUCCUCUGAAACCUGCUAUGCGGUACACAGAUCAACAGCAGAGUGCCAGUGGAACAUCUGAAGACUGGGGAAGGUGAACUUUGUUCCUUCCUAGUGACUCUUGUCUAUUUCAUGCAUUUUAAAUAUUUUCUAAUCCACCUCAAAACCUAAUUUAGUAGGUAUAGUAUAACUACAAGUUGGAAUUUUAGUGUCACUUCUUGCUACAAAUUUUGAAGUCCUUGUAAUUCUCUUCUUCCUUUGCUUUCUGAUUAAUGAUAGACCUGUAAAGUGAUUUGUUUACUUUAGCCUACAGCUUAAUUGAAUGAAACGAAAACUGUUGGCUACUUUCUUUUUUGAACCCCACCCAUAGAAAAACAGCCAUCAAAUAAAAUGAAAAAAUCAGUUGAAAAAUACUGUAAAGUUAAUGUGUGAAGAAUAAUUAUAUUAAUUUACGUAACUUAUAACCCACUUUCACAGCUUAUACAGUGCCUCAGGAUAUAGUAGUUACCCAAAUCUGGAGUACAUAUUGCAUGUGGAGUCCUAUCAGAUGACAUUGAAAUGAUGAGGGGAAAAUUGUUAACAUUCUUUUCUCGUGUUCCUGGAAGGAUGAAGGAAUACCUUGUUUCUUGGGAAGAAAAAAAUGUAAAGUUCAUUUCAAUUUUGAAACCAUUAUGUGUUUCAUAAUUACAAUGUUUAUUUGUUAUAUAUUAUUGCUUGGAAUUGUUUCUCUAUAAAAGGUCGUAUAAGCUCAUUAAAAUGUCAAGAAAUGUGUGCUUUGCUUAUGAAUUAAUUAUUUUAAAUAACAAUUUUUUUUAUAUUGAACAACUUCAGAUAUUUGAUUUCUGUAUUUCUGUCAUUUUUAUUAGACAGGGGCCAUGUGUGUUAAUAAGGGAGGAAAAAAUAUGAAAUAUUCCUGGUAUAUAUUUAUAACUCAAGCUAUUGUUUCCUUCUCAUGCAUUUGUGUACCACAACCAAACCACUGGUCAGAGUUGGGUAAUAGGGAACAACUGCAGCUCAGUAAUAGAGCAUCUGCUUAUCAAGCAGAAGCUCCCAGUUUCAAUCUCUGGCAUUUCCAUGUAGUGAUGGGAAGGUUCUGUAUGAAAACCCUGAAGAGCUACUGCCAGUCAGUGUAGACAGUACUGAACUACAUUGGAGCAAUGUAGAAGGCAGCUUCUGAUUUUAUUUAUCUGGUGCAUGCAUCUUAUUUGGUAAAUAUGAACUGCAGAUUAAACAUUCUUGCUUUCUGCUCUUGGCCAAAAAAAGAGAGUAGUGGUGGGAUGGAUUGGUGUAUUUAUGAUGAAUGCUACAAGUAUGAUGAGCUGGGGCAGGGAGAAUCUGAGAACUUUUGUAUUUGUUCUCAAACACCUUUCUAACAUUUACAUAGUAAAAUUAAACCUGUUUGACUAAGGAUGGAACUUCGUAUUGUUCUUUGUAGCUACACUAUUGGGAGCUAAGCCAUGGUUUGGCUGAGUGUUACAUGUUACAUUUUGUGUCCUGAUUCACACAUAACCCUAAGCCAAAACGUGGUUUAACAUAAAUAAGCAAAUGUGCUAGUGCGGUUAGGAAAUCACAGGUAGUUCACUCCUCCCGCUGCUGCUACACUACCAAGAGCUAGCACAUGGUUUGGCUUAGGGUUAUGUGCAAAUGUGCUCCUAGCUUGUUUUUCUCUAGACAGACAAUGAGCUGUAUAACUAAGGUUUGGAGUGAGACAAACCACAAGCCGAGAUUCACAGGUAACACUAAGCCAAACCAUGGCUUAGCUCCCAAUAGCGGAGCAACAGCAGGACCCAAGAAGGAGUGAAGUGCCCUAGUUUUGCACAAGUAUACUUGUUUAUGUAUAUUUAGCAGUGGUUUGGCUUAGCAUUUUGUGAAUGAGGCCAAUGACUUUGAGCUGGGGUGUGGAAGUAUACAACAUAGCACCAUGUCACAUGGUAAGCAAUUGGCGGGGUGGGGAGCUCAACAUGUGGAUGUGGUCUUCAGUAUUUAUUAAGGUCAAAUACUAAUUAAUGUUUUCCCCUGUUUCUGUUUAGUCCACUCAUCAGUGACUUUGAUGUGUUUAAAGAAGAAAAGGUACACAAUUUCUUUGAAUCUCAACAAGCUAUAAUUCUAAUGAGUACUUAUCUGCAAGAUAUAUUGAAAAACGUGGAGAAGCUAGAUGAAAAUUUAUUGAAAAAGGAAUUUUUUAAAUUGCUUCAGGUAAAACUAGUAAUACUUACUGUUUAUUUAAUGUUGCACAUAUUCUAUAAUUUUUAAGUUUCUUGUUUCAAAGAUGGCCUAAUGUAAAACAGGAGACGUAUCACAUUUCUGAUAAGAAAUGUUGAAAAAUUAUUCCAUGCCAGCAGAAUAAUUUUAAGAAAGUUGAGAUCCUUCAACAACUCAUAUACUGUUCUCUGCAAUGUUGUUUUAAACGGUGAGUAAAAUUCUUAUAUCAUUGGCUGCAGUUCUAAUAUUGGGGCACAGAAACAAGCACAUAAUUCUUUUUCAUGCACAUAAUUAUUUCACAGCUCUGAAAUAGAUGUUUUUGCGAUGUUAAUUUCUCUGAAAUUUGUUUUCUGCUAUACCCAUGGCUUCCCCGAUUAUCUUUCACAAAAUAGCAUUUACAUUCCUUCUGUUUUUCUUCUCUCACUUAUAAUCUGUUGUCACUUAUCCCUCAUUGGAACCUGAUUUUGGUGUCCUGACAAAGUUAUUGAUGUGAUGCUCAUUUGUUGAAAACUAAUAAACAUUACCUAAACUUGAGACUAAAGUAUGAUGGAUGUAGUUUUUGCUUUUGAAUUUAGAAACUUGGGAGUUAGCUGUGCUCCACAAUUCAGAAGAUGAUUUGCUGCCCUGGGUUGGGGAACGGCAGAAUAUAAAUUGAAUAAAUAAUAAAAUGAUCCCCCCCCCACAUAAAUCAGCAUCCUGCGCUAAAUAAGAGAGAUAUGUACUUCGAAGGAGGCUUCAGUGUCCAUAUCCCUAUCCUUAACCCUUUCGUGAUAUGGAAUAGCUUAUGUAAAUGGGUGCUGUGUGCAUGGUUCCCCAGAUUAAUCCAACAAAGGUAGUUGAUAUUUUUAAAGUAAGAUUGAAUCCCCUCAAUCAGUUGUUCAGAAGUAAGGAGAUUGAUUCAGACACUCUUCUCUGCUAAACAGCUGACUACUGGGAAUCCAGCUUUUUCAAGUAUGCAGUUAAAUCUGAAUCUAAAUAUAUGUGAUAGGUAGUGCAACAAGGCAUUACUGUACUCAGCUCACAGGGAUUGUGUACUUUUUCUUCUUCUUUUAGGUUUCACUGUGGGGCAAUAAGUGUGACCUUUCACUGUCAGCCGGUGCAGAUAGUUCUCAGAAGUCUGACCCAUUACAGUCUGUGGAAGAGUUAAAACCUUUUAUCUUGGUGGAUCACAUGGAAAAGCUUUGGUCACUGCUUAUAAACAAAAAGAACAUGAAUAAGCAGACUACUAGACUUGACAUAGUCCUGGAUAAUGCUGGUUUUGAACUUACUACUGACCUUAUACUGGCUGACUUCUUGUUAUCCUCCAAAUUAGCUACUGAAAUUCAUUUCCAUGGGAAAAGCAUCCCAUGGUAUGUCUCAGAUACUACAAGGCGUGACCUGAAUUGGACAAUUAAGCAAAUGCAGUCAGCUAAUCACAAGGGGAUGUCUAGGUGUGGUGUCUGCUGGGAGGGCUAUUUGAAAAAUGGCGUUUGGAUUUAUCAUGAUCACUUGUUCUGGACCUCGCCGCAUGAAUAUUGUAGGAUGGCUCAAGUGGCUCCUGAUUUGUACAGUGAAUUGCAGAAGUCAAAUUUAAUUAUUUUUAAAGGUGAUUUGAACUACAGAAAGUUGAUAGCUGAUCGGAAGUGGGAAUUCACAGUGCCAUUCCAUCAAGCCUUGAACACUUUUCACCCUGCCCCUCUCUGUAGCUUAAGAACGCUAAAAUGUGAUAUCCAGGUUGGGCUGAAACCUGGGCAAGGUGAACAGCUUACUAAUACUGAACCUGAUUGGAUGAUCAUUGGGAAAUAUGGAAUAAUUCAGUUUGAUGCUGCUUCAUGAUUGAUAUGCAAAGUUUAAAGGACAGUGCUGUGCUAAAUGCUUUUGUUGGUCAAGGUUGAAAGACCGCUGGCUUUCAAUGUGCAUGUUCUCUUCUACGGGUCUUACUGCUAUUUUUAAGGUGGUGUGCAAUUGUGACAUUUUACAAACCCUUUUCUGGUAUUCAUGGUCUUAAAAAACGAAAACGUCAUUAUACUUAGAUAUUUGUAAGUAAAGAAUACUUGACAGAGGAAACACUGAGUGAGAGCAGCUUUAGUAGCUGCAGUUUGUCUGACCUCUAUUCUAACAUUAACGACAAAAUAUUGCACUUUGAUUUGCUAAAAGUUUUUGCUUUUCUGUAGCUCAAGUCUUACUUUUAAGCUGCCUGAACUUCUCUGGUCAAGAUUAGCUUAAAUAAAUAAAUGGAUUCAAAUGGAUUC